GAAGGCUUUUUUCAUUGCUAUGAAAUAGAAAUAAGGCUUAGCCACAUUCAAAGAACAAGAUAACAUAUAUUAUGGUAGAAGAAAGGGCCAAAUGAACUUCAACUAUCAAUAACAUUUCAUAUACCCAAACAAAACCUUUAAGAUUUGUCCAAAUUAUAGCUCGCUUUAGAUUUGUCCAAAUUCAAACUUCCUUAACUUUACUAAGUUCAUAGGAACAACCAUAAAUACUUGCUACAUCUAAUUUGUUUUAUUAAAUUCACCGUGAAAUAUGUUCUUAUAGUGCAUUUGUUUCGAUACUAUAGAUGUUAUUACUACAUUUUUCUAAAAACUUCGUAAAAAUUAGAGCAGUUUGACAUAGGAUAAACUUAGAAUGCACUACGAUUUACAAUGGAGGGAAUAGAAAUCAUUGUUUAACAAUAAUGUUACUAUCUUAUUGUACUUCUCACAAAUAAAACACGUAAGACAAAGUUAAUUGCCAAAUUGCAUAGAACAGACCGUAGAUCUCGCUGUCCUUUUCUGACCAUAUGACCGUUUAGCGUCAGUCACAGACCAAUAAGAUCAGGAGAGGAAGGAAGGCAAACCGGAGCUCCAUCCCCACACUCUCUCUUGUCGCAGCACACCAAGACAGAGGCAGGCAACCAUGGCGGGCACGGCGUCGCCGGCUGCGGUCUACGGCUCCGACGGCAUCUACCGCUCGCCGCGACCGGUGGCGCCCAUCGCCGCCGAUCCGGAGCUCUCCAUAUCCGACCUCGUCCUCCGUCGCGCCGCAGCGUGCCCCUCCGCGCUGGCGCUCGUGGACGCCGCGACGGGCCGCGCGCUCACCUUCGAGGCCCUCCGCUCCGCGGUGCUCGCCACGGCCGCGGCGCUGUCCUCCCGCGCGCGCGUCCGCCGCGGCGACGCCGUGCUCCUCCUCGCGCCCAACUGCGUGUUCUACCCGGUCUGCUUCCUCGCCGUCACCGCGCUCGGCGCCGUCACCACCACGGCCAACCCGCUCUACACCCCGCGGGAGAUCGCCAAGCAGGCCGCCGACGCCCGCGCCAAGCUCGUCGUCACCGUCUCCGAGCUCCUGCCCAAGAUCGCAGACCUCCGCCUCCCCACCAUCCUCCUGGACAGCGACGGCGCGUCCCUGCCUGACGUGACCCUCUACUCGGACCUCAUCGCCGGGGUCCAGGAGACGGAGUACCGCCGCCCUCCGACGCGGCAGAGCGACACGGCGGCGCUGUUCUACUCGUCGGGCACGACGGGGGAGAGCAAGGGCGUCGUGCUCACGCACCGCAACUUCAUCGCGGCGGCGACGAUGGUGACGUCGGACCAGGACCAGCUCGGCGAGGGGCGGAACGUCUUCCUCUGCUUCCUGCCCAUGUUCCACAUCUUCGGCAUGUCCGUGGUCACGCUCGGGCAGCUGCAGCGUGGCAACACCGUCGUCGUGAUGGCCCGCUUCGACGUGGACGCCGUGCUUGCCGCCGUGGAGCGGCACCGUGUCACGUACCUCUUCUGUGCGCCGCCGGUGAUGAUCGCGCUCGCAAAGCACGGGAGCGGCGGCAGGUACGACCUCAGCUCGCUUAGGUGCAUCGGCUCCGGCGCCGCGCCGCUCGGCAAGGACGUCAUGGAGGCUGUGGCCGAAAAAUUCCCCAACGCCGAGAUUAUCCAGGGUUAUGGUAUGACUGAAACUUGUGGGAUCAUAUCGUUGGAGUACCCACGAAAAGGACGUACCCGUCAGUUUGGUUCAACUGGAGCUCUUGUCACUGGAGUUGAAGCAAAGAUUGUCGAUGUGAAGACAAUGAAGCAUCUCCCUCCGAAUCAACUAGGAGAAAUCUGUCUUCGUGGACCAAACAUAAUGCGAGGAUAUUUCAACAAUGUGCAAGCUACUGAAUUCACAAUCAAACAAGGGUGGUUGCAUACCGGUGACCUUGGAUACUUUGAUGAAAGAGGCCAGCUUUAUGUUGUCGACAGGCUUAAAGAGCUGAUCAAGUACAAAGGCUUCCAGAUUGCUCCUGCUGAGCUUGAAGGAUUGCUCCUGUCUCAUGCAGAAAUUCUUGAUGCUGUUGUCAUCCCGUAUCCUGAUCCUGAAGCAGGGGAAGUUCCCAUUGCCUAUGUUGUUCGAUCACCUAAGAGUUCACUGUCCGAAGUUGAUGUCCAGAAAUUUAUCGAAAAGCAGGUCACAUACUACAAGAGGCUGAGGAAGGUUACGUUUGUGGACAGUGUACCAAAAUCUGCUUCAGGAAAGAUUUUGAGAAGAGAGAUCAUCGCCCAAGUCAGAUCAUCCAAGUUAUAGCAAGUUAAUCUUCUCAAUUUCAGAACAGUCUUGUCACUAGGUUCCGCUAGACGAUUUAGCACAGAGUUUAGAUAUCAAGUCACUAUGAGGAACCAUACAUCCAGUAUAGAUACGCACUAGGUACUAAGGUACAUGUCACACCCGGUUUUUAAAAAGAAAACCGAAUGCAUAACUAUAUGUAUGUCAGAAACAAGUUCCGUACAUAUAGUGAUGUCAUAAUGGAAUAAUGAGCAACAAUGUCAUGUAAAAGAGACUUACAACACUAACCGACUAUCAGAGAUGUACAACUUCUCCUGGAAA